ACUGGGAGGGCUGGGCGCCGCUGAGGUGAUCCCAGGGCGGCCGGGGGAGGGGGGCCCGCGGCCCCUUGGGGCGUUGGGGGCCGCCUGAGGCUGAGCUUCCCUCUCUCGGAGGCGUCGCCUCUUCGGCGUGCCCCAAGUUAGCCUUGAAAUUGCUUAAGAAGCGGCAGCGUGCCGGCAGGCUCAGAGCCGGGCUUCAGGUAGCGGUACCGCCGCCGCCGUCCAGGCUGGGUCCUCUCCGAGGGGCUGGACGUACCUCUGUGCCCACGGAGAAGGUGCACCGGUGAGCCUGUGGUUGAAGGGCCAUCUUCCACGGAGUCUGGACUACCCUGCUGAUUUUUCGGAGUUGAGGUAAUGGCUGAAGUUGGUCGGUGGGAGAUGGCUGGAGGCCCAGAGCAUGGUGUGAGGGUUGCGCAGUGUCUAUGAUCUGACCCGCAGCCUCUGCCUUUGCUGGGACCACCAGGAUGGGCAACAGUGGCUCAGCCGUGAAGGUCUGCACAGAUCACCAAGGAGGCAUCAACUGGCUGAGCCUGAGCCCGGACGGGCAGCGCUUGCUCACCGGUAGUGAGGAUGGCACCGCACGGCUCUGGAGCACUGCCGACAGCCAGUGCCAUGGCCACUUCCAAGGACAUGAAAGUUACAUCACCUUUUGCCACUUAGAAAAUGAGGCUGCCUUCACGUGUAGUGCAGAUCAUACCAUUCGAAAGUGGGAUGUGAUGACAGGUCAGUGCCUGGCCAUUUACCGAGGACACACAUCAAUUGUUAACAGGAUCCUGGUUGCCAAAGACUAUCUCUUCAGUGGCUCCUAUGAUAGGACGGCCCGCUGUUGGAGUGUGGACAAGGAGAAACAAAUCCAGGAAUUCCGGGGCCAUCGGAACUGUGUCCUGACUCUAGCUCACUAUUCCUCCAGGGAUGUUCUUGAAGAAGAGGAGGAGGAAGAGGAGGAGGAGGAAAGAGUGAGCAGAGACCUCCUGGUGACAGGUAGCACAGACUGCACUGUUAAAGUCUGGUGGGUGUCCAGUGGGCGCUGUUACCAGACUCUGCUGGGACACACUGGGGCUGUCUUAUGCCUUAUACUUGACGCACCAAACAGGGAGCUGUUUUCUGGCAGCACGGAUUAUACCAUUCGAACGUGGAAUAUUGUCACUGGUGAGCAGUUGAAAGUGUUCAAAGAGCAUCAAGGAUCAGUAAUUUGCCUAGAGCUAGUGAAUCGGCACUUGUAUUCGGGAAGCGCGGACAGGACAGUGAAGUGCUGGUUAGUAGACACUGGGGAGCGAAUCCAAACGUACAAGGCUCACAAACACAGCGUUAGCACUUUGAAAUACCACGCUGGGAUCUUGUUCACAGGAAGUGGUGAUGCCUGUGCAAGAGCUUUCAAUUCCAAGAGUGGUGUCCUGCAGAAGAUCUUCCGAGGACACAAGUUCAUCAUCAACUGCAUCCAGAUCCACAACGAGUUGCUCUACACAGCUUCCCAUGACGGCACACUAAGGAUUUGGGACAUCCGGGGAAUAUGCAAGAGAAAUAAGCGGCGUUUGAAGAAGGAGAGAUCUGCCCAGGGCAGGAGCUCUCAGAAGGGAAGUCUGUCUCGUCUCUUCAACAAUAAAGUCGGCUGUAUGGUACAGCAAGAAAAUGGGGAACACGAGGCUGUUGAACUAAUGUGACUGUUGAGAAUAGACUUCCCAUCAGUGACCAAAGCUGAACCUUUUGUUUUCUGCACCACUGUGUCCAGGUAAACCAGAACUUGGAAAGAGAUGGGAAAUGGCUUUGCUUGAACCUCUUUUUCAGGAGUCAGGAUUCUCUCUGUCAGAUAUUGUUGCUGCAGAUGACUCUCAGCUGAGCAGCACUGGGGUCAGGAGGGAGUGCAGUGUGGUUCAGGUGAUGCACCUCUGUGUGUGUGUGUAAUUUAAGAACCUUACUUACGACUGCUUGUUUUCAAUUCCCUCUGGCACAGAGGUGUUGCACGCUUCUGCCUGUCUACUAUCUAAUGAGAAAUGUUUUAUCCUUUUGUUCAGCCAAAUGUAGAAAUGAAAGGUGCCCUGCAGUACAACUGCGAAUUCAGUUUUCACAGCUGACGCUUCGGGUCAGUUUUUUGCAGAUCAGACCAACUGACGCAGGAUGGUAUGGCUCAGCAGGAGGAGUUUAAAGCAGACUGGACACCCCUCUGGGAAGUUGGGAGUAGUAGGACAGAAAUUAAUUUUUUUUUUGUAACUAAACAUAAGCUAGAGACCAAUCUAAACCUCAGACCUUUGGUACCAAGGUCAGCUGUCUGCCAAGGCACAACAGUUGUCCUCCUCCCAACAACCUAGCAGGUUCUUUUUUUACUUUUUAUGAUCUCACGUUUAGCAAAGGAAGCAUCAGUGGCCUCGCACAUGUCUUCUGUGUGCUGCCAGCUGCCUGCUUACCCCAGGCACGGUUCCCCAGAUGGGAAGCUCCUGAUGGGCUCCUCUGGAGGGCCUUGUCUCAGCAGGGCAGGAGGUGGAGGCUGUUCCCUGGGCACCAGGGCUAUGGUGGUGACUGCACCACCUCUGGGCAGCCUGGCCCACUGCUUGACUGCUCUCACAGGGGAAAGGUUUUCCUUAUAUCCCCUGGGAAUGUCAAACUGUGUUCUUCAGAGGAGAGAAGAGCAAAACAGGAGGAUUUAUUGGGUGCUCUACAUUUAUCUUUCCUCCUUACGAGGCCCUGUCUGGCCUUGGUUUGCUAGGUUGUUAGUAGCAUCGGAUAAGCAGUCAAACUCACGAAGUUCUCCCAGUCUUUUUCCAGGUUCAUCCCCUCUGAUAACCACUGAGCCAUGAAUAAACAAGGGUUCUUAUAUUUUUCUAUUUGCAGAUAUAACUCUUUGUGGAACCAGUACAAAAAUAUCUAACCACAUGUUUUUAUUUUUAUGGCUUUAUUUAUUCUGUACUACAGCAAGAUUAAAAAAUGCUGUAAUCCUUUUUUAGAAUGGACUAAUAAACAUGUGGCAUUUACAG